AUGGUUUUCAAAGUUUCAACAGCCAUUGGAAGUUACUAUGUGUCUUCAACUCUUUCAUCUUGGACAGAAAAAGACAGCAUUUGCUCAGUUGCCGUACCACCAAUACUGUAUACAUCUGCUGGAAUCACAGUGGACAUUAAUGAGAUUUCUAUAGACAGAGACGGAGCCUGGGUUGGAUAUGUUGAAACUGUAAUUGCUUUAGAUUAUAUAGGAUGUCUAAAGAGUGCCACUGUUCAUAGUUCCGGUAUGAUCCUGUCGCAGACAAGCAGAAUUGGUAGUCCUGGACAGUGCUUCAGUGCUUGUGGUUUUGGAUCAUUCAUCGGAAUUUCUGACAAUGAGUGUCUGUGCUUAAAAGAAGGCCGUACUUUGAACAGUCUGCGAUCAAACUAUACGGAGUGCACCGCAGAAUGUGAACAUCAGCCAGGAGUAGCAUGUGGAGGACUAACAGAAAAUGGAACUCGUUAUAUAUCGGUUUAUAAUUUGAAUCGUAAAGUGACAAAACAGACCAAUAACAGUGUAACAGAAAUGCCCUGUCUAGAGCUUGAACCGAUCAAACAGCAAUAUAUAUGGAAAAAAUGUUCAACUUGA